AUGCACAUACCACCUGAAUGGAAAAAUCAAUACAUCUUAAUAGUGACGGGUUGUUUCAUACUCUGGGCCUUUUGUGAAUAUUGCCAAAGAGUGAAGAAUGAGUCGGAGAAGGUUUUUCUCAACGCCUGCAGAUGUCCUUGGGAACAAUUCAACAACACCAACAGGCGGAUACUUCUGUUCCUUUCAAACUCUGUCAGUCCCGUUACGAUUUCUUGCCAUGGCGUCCUGGAUGCGAAUUAUCCACUGGCAGUCAAGAUGUUUCGAAUGGCUUAUGCUGCCCACACGCUGUUAACCAAUUUGAGUCAAAAUCGUUCCUGAUAUACUUAUAUUUCAUGUACUUUUCAAUUGUUAGAAAUUUGAAUUAUAUUUUGAA